AUGCAGGAUGCGGAUAUCUUCCUGAGUGCUUGUCUCAGUGGCGACUUGGAAGAAGUGGGAACACUGCUCGACAAUGGUGCAGACAUCAAUACGACCACUGCAGUAAUAGAUGGCAAGCCAAAGAUGGUUCAGUUUCUGGUGGAACACGGCGCCGACCUCAAUGCUCAAGACAACGAAGGUUGGACUCCCCUGCAUGCAGCAGCCUGUUGUGGCAAUGUUGACUUGGUGGAGUACCUGUGUGCUGAAGGUGCCGAUAUCUCGGUGACUAAUAGCGACAAAGAAUUGGCCGUUGAUUUAGCGGAAGAAGAUGAUUGUCGUUUAGUUCUGGAGGAGGAACACCAGCGACAAGGCAUCGACCCGGAUGAAUGCCGCAACAGGGAAUUAGCGAUGAUGAAGCGUGAUGCGGAACAAUGGCUAAAAGAUGGUCAAAUCCAAGAUCGCCCACAUGCUCGCACUGGUGCAACUGCUCUUCAUGUUGCUGCAGCUAAAGGGUAUGUUGAUGUCCUGAGGUUACUGCUUCGUGCUGGUGCGGACGUGAAUUGUCGUGAUCGUGAUGGCUGGACACCGUUGCAUGCUGCUGCGCAUUGGGCUGAACACGAGGCUGCUGCUGUUCUGAUCCAGAACGUGCUGAAUGUGGCCGAUAAGGAGAUCAUCGAAUACCUGGAAGGGAUGCAAGAAAAAGAACGCUUGCGUCUGGCAUCCAGUAAUUCGGUGAAUGUAUUGGUCCACUCAAACACGCCAUUGAAAAGAGCGGGUUCCACAACCUCUGUGCUAAGGAUGUCAACGGAAGAAAAGACGAAAAAAACGAAAUUGGACGAGCAAGACGAGAACAAAGACCUCCGGGAGGGGCGUUAUUCAUUCAUAAUUGAGGAUAAAUCGCCCUCUCCAUCCGUGGAGGUACGACUGCCAUAUCCUGCGAAGCAACAGCAACUUCGCGAACCUUCUGAAUCUCUUUCCGAAGAAGAAAGCCAGCGAGAUUUGAAACGUACCAAGGGCGAAUAG